AUGCUCAAUUUCACUGAUGUGACAGAAUUUAUUCUCUUGGGACUCACCAGUCAUCAGGAAUGGCAAGUCGUCUUCCUCAUCAUUUUCAUGGUGGUCUACAUCAUCACCGUGGUGGGUGAUAUCGGCAUGUUCAUGUUAAUUAAGGUCAGUCCACAGCUCAGCAGCCCCAUGUACUUUUUUCUAAGUCAUCUGUCAUUUGUGGAUGUGUGGUUUUCUUCCAAUGUCACCCCUAAAAUGUUGGAAAACCUGUUAUCAGAGACAAAAACUAUUUCUUACGCUGGUUGCUUGGUACAGUGUUUCUUCAUUAUAGCUCUUGUCCGCGUAGAGAUUUUUAUUCUCGCUGUGAUGGCCUUUGACAAGUACAUGGCAAUUGGCAACCCUCUGCUCUAUGGCAGUAAAAUAUCAAGGCUUGUCUGUAUGUGACUGAUUUCUUUCCCUUACAUAUAUGGCUUUCUGACGAGUCUGGCAGCAACGUUAUGGAUGCAUGGCUUGUACUUCUGUGGGAAAAUUGAGAUCAACCACUUCUACUGUGCAGACCCAGCUCUCAUCAAGAUGGCCUGUGCUGGGACCUUUGUUAAGGAAUAUUCGAUGAUCAUACUUGCAGGCAUUAACUUCACUUAUUCUCUAACUGUAGUGAUCAUAUCUUACCUAUUUAUUCUCAUUGCCAUUCUGCGGAUGCACUCAGCAGAUGGGAGGUGGAAGGCCUUUUCCACCUGUGGCUCCCAUUUGACAGCAGUUGUCAUAUUUUAUGGAACUCUUAUUUUCAUGUAUUUCAGACAUCCCACCGAGGAGUCCGUGGAGCAGGGGAAAAUGGUGGCUGUGUUUUACACCACAGUGAUUCCCAUGUUGAAUCCCAUGAUCUACAGCCUCAGGAACAAAGAUGUGAAGGAGGCCAUGAGCAAAGUGAUCUUCAGAACAUUUUUAACUAAAUAAAAUAGAAAGUUUAAAUGUCUGAUGAGACCCAUGGCUCAGUAAAA